AUGACUUCUGAUGCGGGCAGCAUGAAGUUGUUCAUAAAUGUUCAUAAAUUGACAUAUCUCCUACCAAAGGGAUCAUACUGCCAGCUAUGGCCCUCUCCCCAGCAAGUGGGUGACAGUUGCCUCGGAGCCCGCAGAUUCAGUGCACGGAAUACCUGCUGGAUGAGCGGAAGAGAGAUGGGCGGAUACACAUCCUGGAGUGAACGUGAGGUAGUAAGACCUACAAAACUAAGUACUAGGCUGGAGCCACCUGUGAAGCUGGGAGGAUGGAUCCUAGCCAGGUCCAUCAAGGAGUUCUAUGCGGCAGAGAGCACAGUGCCACGGUGUCUGCAGGGACCCAGAGUCAAAGCUGUUGUGAGGUACUCGUAUUCACUGAGUCUGGGUGGUGAUGAAAGCACUUUCCAAGAUAUAUGUGUGAGUGCUCUACUACCAGAGUGUCUGGACACUGUCCAAACUCCAUUCACUAGGUACCAUCCCGCAAGGGCGAUCAGGAAAGGAGGGAAUCAAUUGACAGGACUGUCUGAUUUGACUCAGCGGGAUUAUGGCCCCCUGAGGUAG